AUGAGGUAUCUUACCUUUCUCAUUCUCAUCUUGCUUUUGUCAGAAAACUCGAUCUACAUUGAUGCCAAAAGCCACAAGCAUCGAAAGCAAGGAAAAGGCGGUAGCAAAGCCAGUCCUCCCCCGGUCGCCUCCAAGGAUCAUGGGAGCGAGGGAGAGGUGUUGGAUGGUAACGACACUUCUAGCGUUACAAAAUCCAGCACCUUCAGUGUACUAAGUUACGGCGCGAAAGGUGACGGCGUUGCUGAUGACACAAAUGCAUUCGAAGAAGCGUGGGCCGACGCAUGCAAGGUACAAGGAUCAACAGUCCUGAUUCCUUCAGGAUCCGUGUUUCUCGUAAAGCUCGUUGCUUUUUCAGGGCCAAAUUGUCAGUCUAACAUCGUGUUCCAGUUAGAUGGAAAAAUAAUCGCACCAACAAACUCGGGAGCAUGGGGGAAGGGGUUGUUACAAUGGCUGGAUUUCUCCAAGUUGAAAGGAAUAGCGAUCAGAGGUCAAGAUGAUGAUUCGGACCUGGUAAUUAAUAGAAUGCCUAGCACCAAACCAACGGCGCUUAGAUUUUACGGAAGCACAGACGUAACAGUUACAGGAAUAACGAUCCAAAAUAGUCCCCAGACACAUUUGAAAUUCGAUAACUGCAUUGGGGUUCAAGUAUUUGGCAUUAGCAUUUCGUCCCCUGGCAAUAGCCCAAAUACUGAUGGGAUUCAUCUCCAAAACUCCCAAGAUGUGGUUAUUCACACAACCAAUCUUGCACACAAAAUAAACAUAAAUAAACUUAUUAUCUUAAUACAAUUUGACACGGCUAGUACAGGGGUUUUGCCUCAAAAGGUUGUUUUAAAGCAUCAAGAUGUGCAACGGAAGAAAGAUGCUCAAGGUUUGUUGAACAAUGUCAUUGAGGAGACGGCAAGUAAACUCGUCGUGAGUAGGAAAAGUAAGGUUAAAGCCCUGGUGGGAGCUUUUGAAACCGUGAUCUCUCUACAAGAAAGUAAACCUUCCACACAAGUUGUGAGUUAA